ACUGCCAUGGACGUUUUACAGAUAAUAAGACACAUAUUUUUUUGAUAAAAUAGUCGUUUACCUUUAUCUUUGGACAUUUAUUCAGAGGUGCGUUACAUGUGAAUAUAAAUACAUAUUUUUCACAUUGAGUGUUUGUGAAAGUGUUUUAGUUCUUUUGAUUUUCGAGGAUUUAGCAAAUUGAGCACAGCCCUUGGAUGUAUGUUUCUUUUAUCGGAAUAUCAGGUUACAUACGUCGAAUUAACAUGGGAAGCAUAAGAACAUUUAUAAUUAUGAUAUUAAUGAUUCGAGAGGCGUCGUUGAAAGAAUUCGAGCUAGUGCAGCACUUACGACAAAUAGGAGCUAUACUUGUGACUCAUGGCGGAGACGUUGUUACCUACCAAAACAAUAAUUAUAAUCCAAUAAAUGUAAUAGACGGUAGAGAUGGAAAUCCAGAUGAGUGCGACUGUUGUGCUUCGUUAAUAAGACCGGCAUGGAUUAACAUCAAUCUGGGCGAGCCCCGUCCAUUCAGUAGAAUACAUCUUGUGGGGAGACCGAGCAGUCCAAACAACCUCCACUCCACUCAGUUCAGCGAUCUUCAAAUAACAAUAAAUACUGGACAGGACGGCAGAAAAUCAUUACCUAUAUCGAAUGUUAAUAAUAUGUUCACUGUGAAUGCAUCCACAUCGCUUCAAUAUGUUAAGUCAAUAAAUGUGUCAACGACUAACAGUUUUCAAGACGACCAUGUCAUGACACUUUGUGAUGUAAAGAUCUUUCAAAAUGUAAACAUAACAUCUCAGUCGUCUACAUGGAGUACAUGUGUUGCGGAAAACGCUAUAAACGGACAGCGAUUCAACGAACUCUCACUUUGUUCAGCAUGCAGUGCGACAGAUGUCGAUAAUACACCAUGGUGGGAACUUGAUCUUGGUUUUAUCAACUUGAUCGGGGCAAUUUCCGUCCAAGGUAGAACAGAUACUAGUGACAGACAGAGUCGAAAUCUUAUCAUAUAUAUAAGUAACGUAACAGUAGGACCUGAUCGCACGGCUGAAGCAGUUAAUAAUCCAUCAGACAACACCGAGAUCAUCGUCAAUCUAAACCCGGUUGUCCUUUCAAUACAUUCGGAGAUCGAUGUACUCGGGAAUGUCAUUGUAAAGAUCAGUGCAGUGCAGUGA